AUGCAGCCCAUUUUAUCAUCGGAUCCUGAGGCUAGCUCAAGCAAUAGCAACGUUGACAUAUCAAGCAGAAGUAUGCCAUCAUCCACGACUUCUAGACACGUUGAAAAGGAAUCCGCUGAGUUCGGGGUGAUUUAUCCAAAACUACGCGCUGCUUUUCGAACUCUGCAGGUGAUUCGACUCAUCUCAGUUGAUGAGGGAGAAAUCAUAUGCAUCGAGAUGGCCUGUGAGCGUGCCGCCAUUUACCUGGAUCGCUGCAACGCUUCGGCGACCCGACCCCCGAAUGCUAAGCUAAAGGGGUUACGUUCCGUGAGUCCAACGCCCUCCGUAGGGGAUAACCGUGGGGCCAUUUCCGCAUCUUCCAUAGACGAUCUGUUUGUGUACCUGUUUAUCGGAACUUCGAACGGGGCCGUGCUGGUGUGCAACGCUCUUCGCGGAUCCAUCUUGGUGAUCGCUCGCUUUCAAUCAUGGCCGGUGAAUCCUAGCGACCCGGCGUCGGGGUUGCGUGAUGCGCGAGACCCCCUACCUCCUCGAAGCGCGCUGCCCGCCGCGGGGGUGGCUGUCGUCCGCUUCAACGUUCAACACCCCCCCAACCCCUACCAUUGGAGCCCAUCCAAGAUCGUGGGCACGCACAUGAACUCCACCAUCAGCGGGGUUUACGUCGUCCACGCCGAUGGAACGGUCGCCUUUUUAGGCCGCGCGAUGCUGAACGCCUUCGCUGUGGUCGUGGCCAACCAGCAGGAUGGCGAGCGACCACGUCUCCCUUUGAGCUGCCCGGAGGGCGCGUACCCCGCGGCGGGGCCGGCCGCCACCCCAGCCCUCGAGGACGUUUACGUGCUUCCCCCCGUUGUGAAUUACUCCGCGGCGGAGAUGGCGACUGCGGCGACUCGAACCCCGCAUUCGGACGCGCGAAGGCUCCCCUCCGGGCGGUUGGAACCUCGGAAAGUCCUGGAUGCUGCGGUUUUUUACACCACCGAGUACGGGCCCCUCGAUUCACCCCUGCAGAAUGAUCUGCAGGCGAUGGAGUUUUUUGUGCUCUGCGGGCGGAACCCUGCGUUCGCGAUAUACCCGGUGGCAAGGCGGGAAGAAUCCUUCUCCGCAACAGGGGCGGUGAGGGCGAUGGCCUCCCUCCUUAAGGACGCCGCGACGAGCCUCUAUCUGAACGCUUUUCGCCGCCCCCAGAGGACGUCAGAGGCCCCGAAGGAGCUCAAAAAGAUUCGUCUGCGCGAUUCCUCCUCCUUUCUGGAGGCCGACAGCACCUUCAGCCGCGUGCUUGUCGACCCGACGCAGCAGUACGCGGCCUUCUACACCGAGGGCACCGGUCGAAUCUACCUCACCGACCUCAACACGGGGAUUGUCUGGCACGUCCUCAAAGGCCAGCGCGCUGCGCAGUUUCAGUGGGGCCUUCAAUCAUCACCCUCGGGGAAGAUGAUGCUUCUGCUGUACGUGCACCAGCCCCUGAGGCGCGCUGUCGAGGUCUACUCGCUGCGUUUGCGUCGCCGUAUCGCGGGCUGUUUGGUGCCGGAGCGCGCCAGCCUUCUGCGUCCGGGGCCGCAGCCGCGGGCUCGUGGUCCUCCUCUGAUCUUAGCGCCGACAGGAGAAGUCUACCAGCUGAUGUUGAAUGUAGCCGCGUGGGGCGAGGGCACGCCACUCGCGACGCAGAUCUCAAAGGAAGCUCUGGAGGGCCGCAGGUGUGGGGUGCCGUCCGGCACAUUAGGGCGUUGCCGUACCCCGGAUGAAUUUUUCAAGCUCGCCAUGCAGCUCGAGCUUCCACAAUGGGUCGUCUCUCCGGAGACCUCCGCAUUAGCGGAUCCCCAGGCCUGGGGGAAGGCGGUAGGGGAUAAUAUGGAAGUUUUCCACGCGUUCAAGCGACAGCUCCUGUCGAUAUGCAACGCCAUCGAUCGUCUCUGGGCACCUCGUUCAAUGGAAAUGCGUGCGAUGGAACGGGAGCCACGCGGCGUGGGCGGUGUUCCACAAGGGAUAUCAGCGGCCCAAUGCCUUAAUUUUCUGAAGUUACGCAUGACCCUCAUCGAUAAGUACGCACGCUUGGCAAGUGGCAGCUGCGUGGAUGCGUUUUCUAGACAGAACUCAACUGCAGCACAUUCCCCGAAUUUCUUCCAGACAGAAUCCUUUGAUUCAGCCAUUUGGACGUGUACCUUGUCAACCAAGGAUGCGGUCGCGAGACGCUUCUGGUCUCGGGGCGUGCGAGCUGUGUGCAGUCGCCUAGCGCAGUCAUAUCCGUCGUUAGUAAAUGUACUCCAAAAAGAUUGGCAAUCUACCUUACAUAGUAUUUCACAAACAACUGGUCAUAGUGAUAAAGUACAGCAACAACCUCUGGGGAAGUUUCUAGACAUUGAUACUUUCUUAAAAUAUUUUUUUUGCGGUGGAAAUCAGAUUGAAUUCUUAAGGGAGGAUGCUGUCCGUGCGGAAGAUGCAGAUGCCAGCCUCAACAUUUUCUACGAUCUUUCAUAUCUUGUGUUUGGGAAUCAGGGGGUUAAUGUCUUCCACAAGCGUCUCCCCGAGCUCUCAGAUAUGGGAUUCAACCUUUGUGAUCUGGCUUAUAUGAGCAUAGCGUGGGUGGCCGAGAGAGGAACUGCGGACAUUGAGGGGUUUCUGCAUCAGACAAACAUGGGUGCACUAUGCUCUGUGAUGAGCAUGUUCCCAGAAGAUGCGUUUAUCUCUGGUGUUGAGCGGGCACUAAUUCCUUUACACGUUCGAAAAACGGCAAGAAAAUCCCACUCUCCAAGACUGGAAGUACUACGACAGGCAAGAGGUGCACUUUUUGUGAUACUAAUAUGCUGCGUUGCGCGAGAGCAUGGUGAUUCUAAUCGAAAAUGUCCUCAGCAUAGCACUUCCUGGUACUCAUCCAUCACGCAGCUUCUUCAGCUGUGGGCGAUGGCCUCUCGGAACAUGGCGAAAGAGGACAAAGUUAAGGAAACUAACACCUGCAGGUAUUUGGUAGGGUCUUUUAGAGUUGGGAUGCGUAUGCAAUACUUACUCCCACGCGUGGAGUACCAACAUGCAGAUACGUUUGAGACUUUUCUGCUUCACCAACGCAUGCCCGUAGCUGACGUCCAUCUUAUGUCAUCUCUCAUCGAUCGCAGCGAUGCUCCGGAAAUCGUGCGUAAUAGUCGUCUAUAUGCUCUAGUUGUGUUUUCACCGAUCAUCACACACGAUGCGAUCUCCAACAAAGAGGCAAUUCCAACGGUGGAGCUUGAGAACUACCUUCAAAUCAAACAUCCAUGGAUGGAAAACUCUACCUGGCUUCCCGAGGUCUUCCAAAAAACUCUUUUGGAGCCCCUCCAGAAAGAAUGGAGUGACAUCUCUAGUGUUGAUUUCAAUGAGUUGGGAUCAGAGUCCUCGAUAGAGCAUAGGUGGCGGUCGGUUCACCAGUGCAGUAUACUCAUGACCGCAGUGAACUGUCUUCAGGAGAACAUCCUUCGCCCGUUUAGGGAAUCGACCCUCCCUUUCUGGAACGCGCAAGUGGUGCCUGAUGGGGGGGAGCUUUUCGUUUUUUUUGCUAAGUCAACUGAGUUCUCAACCCGAAGUACACCGCACGAUGGGAUCACUUAUUGGUUAAAAGGAAGUCGAUCCAAUCAUGAUUUUCUUUCGUCUGCUCUGGCUCUUUCAGAGCUGACAAUGCGAAUUGCCGAUGCAGUGCUCGCCAGCAAGGACGAGUACAGAUGGGCUUCUUUAGUGAAACACAUCUCAGCAUGUCUUGCCGAGGACGACAAGUUUGUCUUUCCCACAAUCCCCUCCACUCUCCGUCUUCAGCUCAAGAUCUUAAUGCAAUGCAUGUGUGUACACCCUCAGCUACUGCAAUUCCGUUUGCGGCAGGUGAACGCUUUCCUGAGCACGCUUCUUUUCCUCAUGGAUAUGGGAAACUGCCUAAUCGAAGGCCUUCCUGUUGUCAUACCAAGAAGAAGACUCACCGUACCAUGGGCAGAGCUUUUUGGCGGCCCCGUGGAAUGCUUCACACUCACGCCGCGCACUCUGCUAAACGCACCAACUCCGUCAUCCUCAGAUGAGCCACUCAGGGCAGGAAAGAUCCACUCAAAAAAUCUUGAGGAAUGCGAUGCACUGGAUUUAUAUCACGGUGGCGGGUAUCCUACGGCUCUUCGCGUGCGUACCGCCUUUGUUCACUCCUUCCUGGUCCAUUGUAUCGUCCCCGAUGGCUCUGAAGAAGAUAGCUUUGAGAAUCCACGUAAGAAUGAUGAUACUCGUCGAAUUCUGCGUAAACUAUGCGCGACACUAAAACUAAUAAACCACGCACCCGACCUGCCUGAGCUUAUUUUUCUAGACUAUCAGAUAAAACGUCUUUUCCCAAUCGAUCAGAUCCAGCGGAGCCUCCUUAACAUAGGCGACAAAAUUAUGUUGGCGCAGGUAGCGGCGAGCAACGCACGCGCCCUAAUCCGGUCCUGCGUCAGAUACUGGACGGCGCAGGAGAACGCGGCCGACCCAGAGGGUGAGGGUGCUGAGGUGAUCUCGGAUGAACUGAGACAGCUUAACUCCAUUAUCUCAUCUAACUCUAAAAGUUGGCUUCAAUUAGGGGGCGAUAACGGUGAGUUGGACUUCAGUAUAGAGCGCCGCAAUGCCCCUUUGGCCUAUAUGAUCGGUAGUAAUGGGUGGAUUACGGUGGACGAGCUGAAAGGAAUAGAGGAGCGUGUGCAUAGCCGUCUCGUGUACACCGCGGAGAACGAGUCUAGGAACGCUCUCAUGGAGUUGAUUUUUCUCCUUGUGCAGCUGUCCAACGAAGGGAAGUCUGCUUUUUCCGAUGAAGGACAAGCUAUCAUGGAAGGGCUACCAAAAAUUGUAGAGUUCUUGCGUAAGAAUUUGCACUAG